GAUGAUGAUGGUAUUCAGGAAGAGUGCAUUCGAUGUCACAUGAUGAUUCCUCUGAGACUACUUAGGGAGCAUGCUGUGACUUGUGGAGUUACAGAGGAGGAUGAAGUUCUACCACCAUUUCCCAAGAAGAGAAAUGUUAUACAGACACCAGUGUGCCAAUUUGCUUGUGAAAGAGACUGAGUCUGGUGUAUGUCCAGUUUGUGAUAAAAUCUUCCCGAUAGAAUUGUUACCAGAGCACGCUGAUGUUUGUUGCCAGUCUGAUGAAGUUUGCCAGUCAGGGGAAGCUGAAGCUAAACAUGUGUUCAACUCAUUUGAUGAUUAUUUGUCAUCAAAGACUCUGAAUGGGGAGAAGCUCUGGGACAUAUCAGUAAUCCGAAGAAUGCUUGUCCAGCAGGCCAUGGAAGAAAUUGAGCAAGCGCCAGAAGAAGAAUGGAACAGGAAGUUUUGUAUAACAUUCAUAGGGAUAGAAGGUUUGGACUCCGGCGGAUUGACGAGAGAGUUCUUAACAUUGCUUUAUGACCAUUCCCCUGUUUUUGAGAACAGUGUUCUCAGCUUUGAUGCACAAUUACUUGAAAAAAAGCAUUACUUCUUAAUGGGACAAAUGGUUACAAUGGGCAUUUUAAGUGGCCAUCCAGGACCAAGGAAUCUCAUGAAACAUGUUGUGGACUACAUUGUCAGUGGAAGAACCACAGGUAAAACAGAUAUACCUGUAGAUCAACUUGGCCGAUUGGAUGCUGUCUCAGCUAUACAAGAGAUUUCGGAUUCAGUUGAUUGCAACCAGAUAAUAGAGAAAUAUGGGGAUCUGCUGGAAGCCUGUGGUUUUAGAAAAGUCUUGUCAGUAGAAAGCAGACAAAAUGCUGUGUCUGCGAUGAAGAGCUAUUACUUGUUCAACCGAUUUAUUCCAAGUCUACUGCAGUUUGUGGAAGGUCUCAAACUUCAUGGCAUGCUAGACAUGUUGCGGAAAUGUCCGGAGAAGGCAUACAGUUACCUUAUGCAGACAGAGCAUGUGGACAGCUUGACCAUCAAAGGUUUUUUUAAGCCUGUAUUUUCUUCCGAUAAAGCAGAAAAAGAAGAUGAAGAAGUAAUUCUAUGCAACUUUCACCAGUUCCUGAAGAAACUUGAACGAGGGAAAAUUUCAUGCAUUAGCAUCGAUGCUGAAACUGGGUCCUCAUCUGAAGUAAACCUCAACACAGGACAUCUCCUUCAAGCACUGAUUGGAUGCCCAGCUCUCCCAAGCUGUAUUACAGAGGGAAUAAUAACCUUUGAUCACAAAAGUGAUUAUCUUACAACUGUAAACACAUGUGCCCCUUCAAUAAACUUCAGCAAAUUAUCAGUGAUAAAGAACUAUAGUUCAUUUGAAGAACUGAUGAAAAAUGUCAUUGUUGGAUCAUAUGGCUUUGGACGUGAAUAAAUGUUAAUUUAGCAGAUCUAUAUGUUAAGAGCCCCAGCAGAGGCUGGUGAGGUAAUUAAAGGUUUUAUUUUGGAAACUAUAUCUUGUGUAAAGGACCUUUUAGAGGGCACGGUGUAGUGUGUUAGUCAUGUUUUUGAAAUAAUAUUACAACACUUUAUUGAAACCACAGGCCUUAGAAAUUAGACAUUUGGCCCAUUGUUGUUGCUAUUGUUGUAUUAAUCACUUUCAGUUAUAGCCAAAGUUAUUUUUAUGCCCCCGAAGGUGGGCAUAUUAAAAUCACACCGUCCGUCCGUCCGUGUGUCCAGGCUGUAACUUUCCCUUGUAUGGACAGAUUUUAAAAUAACUUGUCACAUGUGUUCGUCAUACUAAGACGAUGUGUCGUGUGCAAGAAACGUGUCCCUACCUCUUAGGUCAAGGUCACAUUUAGGUGUUUAUUCACAAUGGAAUGCUGCAUAUAAGGACAUAGAGUAUAGGUUGUCGUGUCCGGGCUGUAACUUUCCCUUGUAUGGACAGAUUAUAAAAUAACUUGCCACAUGUGUUUGACAUACCAAGACGACGUGUUGGGUGCAAGACCCGUGUCCCUACCUCUAAGGUCAAGGUCAGGUGUUUAU